AUGCCAAAAAAAACUACCGGUAGUCUUGCAGUUCAAGAUGAACUCAAUGGAAUAGAUUAUCGUAUUUUUCUUAAUCCUAAAAGAAUAAAUACAAAUCUAUCAAAAGAAAUAUUAGAUUUGUUGGUUGAAUAUUAUUAUGAUGCCUAUAACAAAGAUUUUGUAGCAUUGUCAAAUAUUUAUGUUACCAACUCAGAAGCUAUACCCGUACUUUCAAAGGUGAAUAUUUACGGGCAAUUACGAUUUGGCUCUAAAAUUUUUAGAUCAUCAUACUCUAAAAAACACAUCUGA